AUGAACAACAGCGAACAAAAGAUAGAUCGCAUCGAGAAUCGCCUCGAGGGUAUCGAAAAGCUCUUGCGUAGGGCCUUUGAUGAACAACCUAUUACCAUCAAUGCCCCAAGACCUCCCGAAUCGUUACCUACAGGCUCUUUCAAUGCCUCCCAGGACUUCGCAGACAGCAGUAGAAAUGGGCCAAGCUAUACUGACUCAGAGAUGGCUCUGGAGGGGAGUAGCUCCUUGAAAGCUGCUACGGUGUACGCGAGCGACUUCUUCCAGACUGUUCUCGGACAAUCGCCAGCCGCUGAUACAAGCACGCGUGUGAACGCUGCGUUGUCGUCGCUGAAGCAAAUGAUUGAGAUUAACAGCUAUCGGUCGAUGGGGGAUCGUAUACCGAGUCGACGAGAGACCGAAAAUGAUGGAAUAAGGGACCUGGCAAUGCCACCUUUACAGUCCGUUCUAACGAUUCUGCGAGAAUUGAAAGAAACAAAGCUAGCUACACUGACGGUAGUUAGCCUCUUCAUCUCCGAAGACAGACUAAUCGAUUGUUGCCGAGAGAUAUACUUUGCAGUUGAUAAUUUCUCACUUCCAACGUUCUUGAUAGCAAACGCCACCCUCCGUUACCUGUUUCAGGAGAAAGUUCAAGCGUCGCAGAAUCCAUUACUUCGCGAGGAGUAUCGAAAACUGUCUCAACUAUGUCAAGACAACCUCGAAACAGCGAUGAAUAAGUUCAGCGUCCUUGCACCACCCAGCCUGGAGAACGUAGAGGCUUUUCUUCUGGGGGCCAUCUAUGCCAUCGAGGUGUCGCAGCCAAUGCUUGCUUGGCAGCUCGUGUCUGGCGCAGCAGGGACUUGUCAGACUCUUGGCUGGCAUCAACUCGUUCCCAACAGUGACAGCACCACCGAUCGAAAGAUCUCUCUUUUUUGGUUGACUUACCUCCUCGAUAAAGGCCUCUCCUUACGCCUCGGCAGACCAGCUGUCAUACGCGAUGAUGAGAUCACCCUACCAGAACGUCUGGACAAAGGAGAUGUGCCCGGUGGGUGGAGAGACUUACUUACACAAUGGAUCCGUCAUUCUCGACUUGUUGGUAGGGCCUAUCAAGAUCUGUACAGCCCCUCUGCGCUUCGAACGUCCACACAGGAACGUGGCGAGCGCGCAAGGAGCCUGAUCGCAGCACUAAAACAAAUCAUGGAUGACUCUUUGAUGCCACUUGGACAGGCACAUCUCAUGGAACGCAACACUGUGGACUUUGGGUCAGCGCCUAAUAGGAUGAUCAAGACGGUUCUGAAAGCGGAUGAGGUAUGGUACUGGACGACUCUAACGUUUAUACGCAGGGCUGUUCCCCCAACUGAAAAUGGGCAUGGUGCUGUGAGCCCUGCGUGUUUAGAAUCUGCUCGCAUGGCUUUUGAAGCUCAUGGGGAAUGCAUGAGGAUGACUGACCCGAGCUCGGAGACAAAGGCUCUAUAUCUUCUAUGGUACUGCUGCCCUUCCUUCUUCCCAAACUUCUCCUUUCAGAGCUCUAAUCAGUGUCUCUGCGUGUAG